AUGGAGCCUGAUCUCUCCAACAGCAUAUCGCUGCAUCCCCACCUUUUUCGCACCCAGAACGACUCGUCGAGCGCCUUGCCCUCUUCCCACUCGCCCAGGCCCAGGCGCGGGCGCAGUCUCCUUCGCACGGCUGUCGAGGCUACUGAUGGCGGCGACGAUACCACGGUUGCGCGCCACCCGACAAGCGCCCAUUCCGACGAUGAGGCCGAGCGCCAGAUGACAGGCAGGCUUCCGCUAGUCGGCGCCGAGAACGACCCGUACGGAUUGGCGCAGAGAUAUAAAACAGCGGCCGAGCUGGCCGAGAUCAAGGCGAACACGUCUAGGAAGCGCGAUGCCCGGCCUCUCGCCAGCGGAAGCAGCAGAACCGGGACGGCCGCUGCCGCCAGGACCACGGGCAAUAGCACCACCACCAAGCUGGGACGCUACAUGAAGCCCUUUGGCCGAGCCAACAACCAGGCACGCCGCCUGCAGGGUUUCUACGAGGCCCAGAACGAGACGAUCGAGCGGCUGCUCAAGAGCGUCGAGGAGCACAGGGCCGAGGCGCGCCAGGAGCACGGCGAGGAUCAUCUCAAGUUCCAAAUCGCCGUCUGGGGCUCCCUCGUGGCAAACAUCAUCCUCACGAUUUUGCAAGUGUACGCCGCCGUCUCGUCCGGAUCGCUCUCGCUCUUCACAACCAUGGCCGACGCCGUCUUCGACCCCCUGAGCAACGUCACUCUGAUCCUCACCAACCGGGCCGUGCGGCGCGUCGACCCCUCGCGGUUCCCCUCGGGCAAGGCCCGGCUCGAGACGGUGGGCAACAUCGUCUUCUGCUUCCUCAUGACGGCCGUCUCCCUGAUCCUCAUCGCCUUCAGCGCGCGCGAGCUCGCCGAGCGCGGCGGCGACCUCAAGAACUUCCACCUGCCGUCCAUCAUCGCCGUGGGCAUCGCCUUCGGCACCAAGCUGAGCCUGUUCCUGUACACGUGGUCCAUCAGGGACAAGUACAGCCAGGUGCGCAUCCUGUGGCAGGACCACCGCAACGACCUGCUGGUCAACGGCUUUGGCAUCCUGACGUCGGUCGGCGGCGCCAAGCUGGCGUGGUGGCUCGACCCGGCGGGCGCCAUCGUGCUGAGCGUCGUCAUCUCGGUCAUCUGGCUGCGCACCGCCUUCACCGAGUUCCUGCUGCUCGUCGGCGUCGUCGCCAGCGUCGAGAUCCAGCAGCUCAUCACCUACGUCUGCCUCACCCACUCGUCCGCCAUCCGCCAGAUCGACACGGUCCGCGCUUACCACGCCGGCCCCCGCCUCAUCACCGAGGUCGACAUCGUCAUGGACCCUGACGCCUCCCUCCUCGAGACCCACGACAUCGCCGAGGAGCUGCAGUUCAAGCUCGAGAGCCUGCCCGACGUCGAGCGCGCCUACGUCCACGUCGACUACGAGACCACGCACAAGCCCGAGCACGCCUACAAGAAGGAUUUGUAG